GGCCUGCGAUUUUUAGUUGCUGGGUAGAAGUCACAAGUAUCUUCAGUGUUCGGAGCUGCGCUCUCCAGACGGAAGAAGAUUUAAGUGUCCGAGUGUUUUUCGUUUGCUAUUAAGUACCGUCGAAAUGGCUACUGACUGCGAGGCCUGGCUGAACUCGAACCCAGUCGAAGCUGAUGACCUCAGUGACUCCUUUCAGUCCGAUGAUGAAGACAAUGGAAAGUCUCUCAACAAGAACAUCAAUGAGAUUAAUGGCAACUGGAUGUCCUCGUCUUGCAGUAGCAUCCAAGAGGCACGGCUCAAGGCGAAAGCCAAGCGUCGGCUGAGGAAGAACUCCUCCAGGGACUCGGGAAGAGGUGACUCCCUCAGUGAUAAUGGGGAUGUGAUCAGGUGGACGGCCACGGUACCGAACAGUCCCAAGAGCAAACUGCUGGACAGACGAUCUCGACCAGGCAAAGGCAGAGGUCUGCCAAAGAAAGGUGGCGCUGGAGGCAAAGGUGUGUGGGGAAAAUCAGGGGAAGUUUAUGAACCAGAGGAAGUGGACGAGAAAGACCCCAACUAUGACGAAGCCCAGGUUAACUGUGUGUACGAGACUGUGGUUCCUCCUCUAGAUGAGCGGGACUUUGAGAGGACUGUUGUCCCUAUUGUACAAGAGUACUUUGAGCACGGCGAUACGAAUGAAGUUUUGGAAAUGCUGGCUGAGUUGAACCUUGGCUCUAUGAGGAGCGAUGUCCCCUCACUGGCAGUGUCUUUGGCGCUGGAAGCCAAAGCCAGCCAUCGGGAACUGACCUCCAGGCUGCUGGCUCGCCUCUGUGGAUCUGUUUUGUUACCCAAUGACUUGGAGAAGUCCUUCGACAGGCUCCUACGGGAGCUCCCUGACCUGGUUCUAGACACGCCUGACGCCCCACAGCUGGUGGGCCAGUUCAUCGCUCGGGCAGUUGGCGACCAAAUAUUGUCUCAGAGCUUCGUUGAAAGCUACAAAGGCAGAGUGGACUGUGAAUAUACGAGGGCGGCUCUGGACCGAGCGGCGGUGCUGUUGAAGAUGAGCAUGGGUGGUCUUCGUCUGGACAACAAGUGGGGCGCAGGCGGCGGCCAGAGACCCGUCACACAGCUCAUCAAGGAGAUGAACCUGCUACUGAAGGAGUUUGUCCUGUCUGGAGAUGUCAAAGAGGCAGAGCGGUGCCUGAAAGACUUGGAGGUCCCCCACUUCCACCACGAGUUUGUCUAUGAGGCGAUUAUUAUGGUGCUGGAAUCGAAAGGAGAGAAGACGUCCAAAAUGAUUCUGCAGCUGCUGAAGUCUCUCUCGGAGUCCUCCAUCAUUACUGUGGAUCAGAUGAGAAGGGGAUACGAACGAGUUUACCUGGAUAUUGCUGAAAUCAACAUUGAUGUUCCUCGAGCUUACUUCAUCCUGGAGCAGUUUGUGGACUGCAGCUUCAGUGUGGGAGUCGUGGACAUCAAGUUGCGAGAUCUCUGUCCCUCUCGAGGUCGGAAGAGGUUCAUCAGCGAGGGAGACGGCGGCGUCAUUAAACUUGAAAGCUGAAAGACUAUUUUUAUGUCAGAAGAAACUUUUUUACUUGCAUAUUUUUUCAAAACCUUUGGGUAACCUUUCCCCACGAUGGUGAUUUAAAAGCCAGUUGCGCUUAAAUAUGCACUUUUGAGUGAAGCUCAAGUAGUUGACUGUCUCCAGUGUUUCCAUUGUAAUAUUUACAUAAGCUAGCCUGUAAAGUGCCACCCGCCAAUGUCAGUCAUUCCACGCUGUUUUGUACUUGCUCCCCUUGAGUUCACUGCCGACCUUUCCUUUUUCAGUGAUUUAUACACAACACAGAUCCCCUUUAAUAAGCUGCUUUCUUUCCAAUGCUGUGAUUUGUUUUUCAUUUUACUUUUGAAAUUCAAAUAUGUCAGAGUGCAAUGUGAACAAGAUGGAAGUAAGGGCCACCGAGUCGUCUUUCUGGCUUUUAUUUUUGUAUCUGGGAAGAAACAGGUGUUCAAAAAGUACUGUGUACGGAUCCAUACUAUUAAAAAAAAGAAACAUGUGAAGGCUGUUUUCUAAAUGUUACAAAUAUUCUGUUCAUGUUCAAAAUAAAUAUCCUAUUCUGCCAUUUUGUG